AUGCGGCUGCUGGUGAGGCCUGGAAGCAGCUACUUGGACCUUGCCCCAUCCAAGUCGGAUCACGCUCAUGGUGAUGUCCGCUUCCGUUUGAGUGACAUCUGCCGAGUUGUGCGAGAGUUUUCUGGGCGUCUCUGCACACUUUGCUUGGAGUUUGAAGAGGGAUCUCUAUUCCUCCGGAUGCCAUCCGAGCAUGCAGAGGUCGCAAUCAACGGUCUCAUCCGAGACUGCAGGAUUCCGAUCGUGGACGCUCGAGAAAAGACGAACAAGGGACAGUACUUGCGCAGAGAAGGACGUCUUCCGAACGACCAAGUUCGAUUCUACUCCGGUGAGAUUCUGCUGGCGUUCGGGUACCUUCACAGCCUUCACGUAGUCUAUCGAGAUUUGAAGCCUGAGAAUGCGCUCCUGGACUUCGAAGGGCACAUCAAAUUGACGGACUUCGGGUUUGCCAAGGUCGUGGAAGAAAGAACUUGGACACUCUGCGGGACGCCCGAGUACCUGGCUCCCGAGAUGAUCCAGUCCAAGGGUCAUGGUAAGGGAGUGGACUGGUGGGCCCUGGGCGUCCUGCUGUAUGAGAUGCUGGCAGGAUAUCCCCCUUUCUAUGACGAAAACCCUUAUGGCAUAUAUCAGAAGGUGCUGAAAGGUCACGUGGACUUUCCGCGCCAUUUCGAUGUCAAAGCCAAGGACCUUAUACAACGGCUGCUGCAGCAGGACAGGUCGAAGCGUCUGGGCUGCCUCAAGGCGGGUGUCGAAGACGUGAAGAAACACAAGUGGUACAAGGGCAUGGACUGGGACCUACUUCUCACUCGGAGCGUCGCACCACCCUUCCGUCCUCCUGUCCAAUCGGAGGAUGACACCUCAAUGUUUGACAGGUAUCCCGAAAGCACAGAAGCUUCUGCGCCAGCUAUCUCAGCAAAGGAGCAAGAGAGCUUUCAAGAAUUCGACACAAGCAUUCUCGGCAUUUCGUAUAGGAAGCCACGAACGUCGCAUACCAGCUGGCCAUCAUGGCAGAAGGCUUCUGAUCCAGUUCUGCCGGCCGCGGGUCAGUCUUCGGCGAGAAUGCACAGAAGACUGUAUGGUCGGAGGUUGGAUGAUGAAGAUGUGAUAUAUCACAAGUUUCCGAAAACACCAAUUGUCGUCGACCUGAGUCAGAUCGAUGGAGGCGGAAAGAGAUUUCCUGGCUCCUCUUGGUUGGAGGAAAAGCUGCGGAACAAGCAGGCUGUGGGCUGGGACUUAGAGUGGCCGCCUGACCGAAAGGAGAGGGACAAUCCGAUUGCAUUGAUGCAGUUUGCUGAUGCAGACACUGCCUUGCUGGUAAGAACUCACAUCUCGCAGUCCUGGCUUCCUGACCUUAUUCAGUCAGUGCUGGAAUCGGAGAGCUGCAUCAAAAUCUGUGUGGGCUUCGACAGUGCCGACAAGCACAAGAUGCGGACUUCAUUCAACCUCCUUCCAGGAGGCUUGUUAGACCUGGCAACAUUGGCUGCGCAGAAAGGAUUAAAGGAAGCGGGUCUGAAGAGCCUGGCGGAGCGCUUUGGCUUCCGGAUCCGCAAGGAGCCUCGGAUCGCCCGGUCCAACUGGGCGCAGGCACAGCUUACGGCGGAGCAGGUGACCUACGCCGCCGAAGACGCCUACUUCACCUUCCUCUUGAGAGAGAAGCUCGAAGAGCUGCCUGACAAGAGGGAGGAGGUUCAAAGCUUGGCCGUGGAAGGCCAGUUAAGGCUUCAGGAAGGUUGGGCCGAGCAAGGCAUCGAGAAACGCCACGACGGCCUUUGGUGCCAGCUUUGCCAUCAGGGCCCGAUGAAUACACCCGACAACGUGCGAACUCAUCUCAUGGGCAACAACCAUGCGAAGAAGAUUCGUGCCAGAUUGGGCAUGGACCAAGCAAUGCAAGAAACUCUGACAGAUGAGCAUGAGCACAACUACAUCUACGUUGGUGAUGGCCUCAACGGGGUGGACAAGGGCAAGUUUGGAUGCCUUCUUUGUGGAACGAAGACGCUGCAAAAUCUACAAGCCGUGACAGUUCACAUCAAUUCCAAAGGGCACCAGAAGGCGAUGAAUCCCCAAGCGGAUCCGAGAUUCAUCAAAGAAGAUCCACUGGAGAGACUGUGGAACCUUCCUGAUUACAUACUCUUGGACAAGGGCGUAGAUGACAAGCAAGAGCUAGUCUGCAGCCUUUGCCAGUCCAGAGCAAGCAAGGUCAGCCAGAUGUAUUUGCACAUCCAUGGCCAAAGGCACGUCAAGAAAGCGCGUAACAUGUCGAAGGAAGACAUCAUAUUUGUCCAGGAGAAGAAUCAGCUUGAAUACACGCAGACAGGUGAGAUAGUAGUUCGUAAAAACUUCGAAAUACCUCGUGGCCGCGUGAAGCCAGCUAGUGUGCCCACCCCAUUGCCAGAAGGCUGGCAAUCAAACAUUGACCCCACUUCUGGGAAGGCAUACUACUGGCACGUGGACAACUCGGCACAACCGCAAUGGGAGCAUCCUGGAAUGAGCAGCCCAAAAUCUGCACGGAGUACGAGCUCGCAGUCUCCAAGCAAAUACAUGCGUGCUCUACCCGAUGACUGGGAAGAGCACGAGACGGACGAUGGUCGAAGAUUUUACUACUGCCUCAGAACAUUGAGGGUGCAGUGGCAGCGCCCUACUUUUGCAAGUCCUUUCGCUGAUGGUGCCCAAUGCCGAGCGAAUAUUCAACUUCACGAAGCCACGUCGCCCAAGCGCAGCGAUCGAGCCGAUGGCGGGACCUCUACCGUGCCUUCGGCCACGUCCAGCCCGUCAAAGCCCUCGAAGCCCUCCCCUUCCAUGAACAGGCUUGAGCCCGAGCCAACGCAAACGGAGCCGGAGCCUGCGGAGCCUGCGGAGCCUGCGGAGUCUGCGGAACGUGCGGAGCAUGCAGAGCCUGCGGAGCCUGCGCCUCGAGAUCGCAGUGGGAGCUGCGGGAACACGGAGACCGCGCCCAGAGCUAAAGAGCCGUCGGAGCCAGAGCCGGCACGUUCUCUGGCUCCUGGCUGGGCUGUGUACUCUGACGAGAACGGUCGUGAGUUCUACUGGGAUGCCGAGCACCAGGUGUCGAGCUGGACGCCGCCGGAGCCGUAUAGGUACCAGAAAGAGACGUGGAGUCGAAUGUUGGACAGCCAGGGUGCUUUCUGGAAGUGCCGAUCCCGAGAAGACUGUCCGGGUGUCAGCUUUUACGAGUUUGACUCAAGCUGGCAUCGACGAAAGGACAGCACGGGCCGGAUCUAUUGGAGCAACCCUGAACGUCGGAUCCGCUUCUUUGAGCCAGCUACGCCGGCCAUAGAUAGCUCUGUUGGCGGCUUCUGCCGCGGGGUCUCUGCCAUGUGGCCUGUUUCCGACUUGGUGGAACGUUUGAGGCAGCUUGAGCUGCGCCACCUUGCCGUUGUGAGGGACCUGCCGCCGGAACUUGGAUACUGGAUCAUUUGCAUUGUUGGGAUUUCUUUCGGCACCCUUUGUGUCCUGGGCAUGCUGCUGUUCUGCACCCGGAUGUCAACUCGGAAAGCGGAGCUACUCCGGCACUUGUCCUUUGUGAUGCUUCACAUAACGGAUUACAUCACCAACAUCCUGACAAUGGUGAUCGUUUGCCUUGUGGAUCAUCCGCGCUACUUCUAUGUUCUUCUCCUGUCGCACCUCAUCAUCGGAUGCUUCUGCACGUACACGGCAUCAACUCGCCUGGACUGGAAGAGAUGGUGCUGUGUGCCUUUCAUCAAUUUCUUCAUCAUGGUCAUCUGCAUGGGGCUCAUGCAGGGCGUGCAGCUCUGUAUGGCUUACGAGGACUAUUUGAAACGAAGAGCACGAUCUCUUGAUAUCGAAUCAAACUUAUCGGAGUUCAGAGUGCCCGCAAUGAUGCCGGCCAGAUUCCACAGCAAGGCGAUGGACGGCCUGCUGGAAGGUUCUGUCUUUGCAUACGUCUCGAUGUAUGCGUUGAUCAAAGACCGCUGGGCAGAGCCGCAAUUCAAUCCUGUGCAGCUUCAGACGGAGGCUUGGUGCACGCCGUGCCUGUACAUAGGUGCUUUCUGCAGCAUCCUGAAUGUGGGCCUUGCUUUGGUGGAGAUCGACCAUCGAACAUCUGCAUGUGUUCAAAACGUGCUCGACGAGUCUGCACUUGCGUCUUCUAGACAUCUGGCGUUUCGCGCAGCAGAGUUCUCCAUGCGACUGCUGACAAUGCUGGCUCUCUGCACGUUCAUGCGCCCACUGCAUUAUUGGUGGAUAGCGUACGUUCUGGUCGCUGCCGACUACUUGUUCGGCGUAGCGCUUCUGGUUGUUCUUGGUGGUCGUGACCCAGUGCGCGAGGCAUCGGUGGUCUUGGGUGUGCCCCUCUUCAUGGUGAACAUCAUGCAGUUCGUGGACGCACCUGGAAUGAGUCUCCAGGCUCGCCAAAUUUCGGAGAUCAUGUUUCCUUUGAGAACAGCAGAGCUGAUGGGGGUGUCUUGGCCGACAAGAUCUAGCUGCUUUGCCGUCGCCAGCCCGAUGGCAGGGCUCACAAAUUGCAUGCAUUACGCGGGGUGA